UAAAGGCGUAUUUAAAGCCCUGGCUUCAGUUGCAGGAGCAGCGGAGGACCUAUGCAACAAAAGCCGCCGCUCAGUCCGAGCGCUCAGCGGACAAAAACACGGAGCCUGCGGCUGACACAACCCGGCGAGGUACGACUUCAGGGCUUAAGAUUGCAGCCUGGACCAAACAACAACGUCUCAGCGACAUUUAUGAAGCUUUCAAGGCCUUUUGAUUAAUCAGCCAAUCGAUGGGGAUUUUCAGAGGAGCUCCGCCUACCGUCGCUGCCUGCCCUCCUCCUCCUCCUCCCCCCUGCCCCCGUGCCCCCACCCACUCCGUCAUCCAGCCUUCCAUCCAGCCCUCUAUACACAAAAUGACUCUGGAACUCACCGAAUGGUCUUCUAUAUGGAUUUUUACUGCUUAUAAUAGACAGUAAAAAAAAAAAAGAAACAAAAAAAAGAGGGAGAAACCUCAAUGACAAAAAAGCCAUAAACACACACACACACCACACACACACACACAUACACACACACACACACACACACACACACAUACAGACACACUCACAAACAUACCACUCGCACACAUAAACAGGCAUGUAAACACUGACAUAUCAACGUACCAAAUAAAGCUGACAGAGUAUUCCAGGCCGGAUCUCACACACCUGACAAACACACACAAAGAAGCAAACGCACUAACUCACUCUUGGAAUGUACCGCACAAUCUUCCUGUGAAAAUUCAACUGCUUCCUUUACUUUUGGGAUUUUCUACAAGCAUUUGGAAAGCUGAUUUUGUUUUGUUUUGUUUUUUUCCCACACUCGGGGCUGAGAAAACAAGGCGUCGAGAAGAGGAUUAAAACCGUGCUGAAUUUGAAGCUGCAGUGUUUUUGGACAAGUACGGACAACUUGUUUAGCGGACAAAUUGUUUCUGAUUGACUUUUUUUUUCUACUACUCUGCCGAUCUGGAAAUUGAGAUUUAUGCUUGAUCUAUAGAUUGUAGAUCAGUUUUUCUUGUGUCCACAGCCUUUUUAAUUUUAGCAGGACCCAGUUUUAGAGACAUUUUAUUACCUCGUGUGCUGGGACACUUUUUGUUUUUAUUUAGUGGUAUUAGCACUCCAUCACUUCUUGAACACCUUUAAAAGAUACUUUUUUUCUUCUAAAGCAGUAAUAGUUGUAUCCUGUAGGUUGUAAAGAUUGUAAUUAAAUUACUUCUAGGAAGUCACUACUAGUUUUUAAAGUAACUGCAAGUAACUUGAUAAGAGUAAUUUGUGGAAGCAGGGAAGUAGUACUGUUUUUUUUUUCGGUAGCUACAGGUAAUUGUUCUCAGAUUUGUCAGUGUGUUAGCAGGGGCACGCUUGUUUUCUUGUUGCGUGCAUGCCCUCCACCAUGCCUCCCCAGAACACGGAGGCUGACGCUAUGCAGGUCGGAUCUCUGGUGGGCGGGGCUAACGACAAAAACUCAAGCUCGGACGAGGAGAAAGGAGGAGCAGCAGGCGAGACGGAUGGAUCGGGGGGAGGUGGAGGAGGAGCAGGAGGUGGUCGGACUGGUGAGGAGUCAGCGAGCGAAGGAUCGAUAGAAGGCAUUACCGUGAAGAGAUGGGUGAUGCACGGGGCCGUGAUGUUCGGCCGGGAGUUCUGCUACGCCAUGGAGACGGCGCUGGUGACGCCCGUACUGCUGCAGAUAGGUCUUCCAGAGCAGUACUACAGUCUGACGUGGUUCCUCAGUCCGGUCCUCGGCCUCAUGUUCACUCCUCUGAUCGGCUCGGCCAGCGACCGCUGCACUCUGCGAUGGGGCCGGAGGAGGCCGUUCAUCCUGGCUCUCUGUAUAGGAACGCUGAUAGGAGUGGCUCUGUUUCUGAAUGGAUCGUUGAUAGGUCUGUCGCUAGGUGACGAGCAGGGGAGACAACCGAUAGGUAUCGUUCUCACUGUGCUGGGAGUCGUGGUGUUGGACUUUUGUGCGGAUGCCACCGAGGGACCAAUCAGAGCGUACUUGCUAGAUGUGGCAGACACAGAGGAACAAGACAUGGCGCUCAAUAUCCACGCCGCCUCAGCGGGUCUUGGCGGCGCAGUCGGCUACGCUCUCGGAGGUUUAGACUGGACACACACCUUCCUCGGAGCAGCCUUCAAGUCUCAGGAGCAGAUCCUGUUCUUCUUCGCCGCCAUCCUCUUCUCCGUCUCUGUGGUGUUACAUCUCUUCAGCAUCGAGGAGCAGCAGUACUCGCCCCAACAUGACAGGCUGGACCAUGAGACUCCAGAUCCCAACAACCCACAGCCGUCGGCCAAUGGCAGGAACGGACUUCUCACUCCCAAGUUGGAAAUGAUUGGAGAGGAUGAAACGAUGGACAGCUACGACCUCUACGACCCCUAUGGAGAUGACCAGUCAGAGCGCGGCGAUAUGGACAUGGACUUUCUGGAGGUGGAGCUUGUGAGAAGUAAAAGUGACAGCGUUCUCGCCAUGGCUGACAGCACCCUCGACCACCUGGACCAUGACGCAAUGUUCCUGUGCCACAUAGAGCCGUCCAUCUUCGCCGACCGCCUCUCGCCCUAUCACGGCUCGCCACCUACCGCUUCUUCCCUCUUCAACCCCAGUCACAGCACCCCCCCUCCCCGGUUCGCCAACAUCAGACGCAGCAGCAGCACAGGCAGCCAGGACCUGCUCCGCCCCCAAAACAACAACCACCAAACACACGCUCCCGGCCCCAGAAUAUCCCGCCUCUCUGCUUUCUUGCAAGAAAUGGAAAACGAUGACGGACAGGAAGCGCUGCUUAACAACCAGCUCAACGAGCAGCGCACCCUGAACGGGCGGCUGUUAGCCAGUGUCACUAAUCCUGAUAGACUUAACAGUAACAGACUGAGCUCUAAAGGACAGGCCCACCGUGCUGGGAUGGUCAAAGCUGCCAGUACCGGAGCUCCCAUGAGGCAGUCACGUCAUCGUCACACCUUCUACCGCCAGCCAUCCUGCACCUUCUCCUACUACGGCCGAGUGGGCAGCCACCGUUACCGCUACCGCCGGGCCAACGCCGCUUUUCUCAUCAAGCCGUCUCGCAGCAUGAACGACCUGUACGAAGUGGAGGCCAGACACCGGAGGAGGAACAAACAGAGAAACAGAAACCGAAGUGGAAACACCAACUCUUCCAGUGGAGAUACAGAGAGCGAGGAGGGCGAGGUCGAGACCACUGUGCGGCUGCUGUGGCUCUCCAUGCUGAAGAUGCCUCCGGAGCUGCUUCGCCUGUGCGCCUGUCACCUGCUCACCUGGUUCUCCAUCAUCGCCGAGGCCGUCUUUUUCACCGAUUUCAUGGGACAAGUCAUCUACCACGGAGAUCCCACCGCUCCUGCUAACUCUACUUUGCUGGAUAACUAUCACAGGGGAGUUCAGAUGGGAUGUUGGGGGCUGGUUAUAUAUGCCAUGACUGCUGCGACAUGCUCAGCUCUUCUUCAGAAGUACCUUGACAACUUUGACCUGAGCAUUAAAAUCAUCUACAUCCUGGGGACACUUGGAUUCUCCAUAGGAACUGCUGUCAUGGCAAUCUUCCCUAACGUGUAUGUCUCCAUGGUGAUGAUCAGCAGCAUGGGCAUCAUCUCCAUGAGUAUCUCCUACUGUCCCUAUGCUCUGCUAGGACAGUAUCAUGAGAUGAAAGAGUACAUCCAGCACAGUCCUGGUAACUCCCGCAGAGGCUUUGGCAUCGACUGCGCUAUCUUAUCAUGCCAGGUGUACAUCAGUCAGAUCUUGGUGGCCUCAGCUCUGGGUGCGGUGGUGGAAGCUGUUGGCAGUGUCCGUGUCAUUCCCCUUGUGGCCUCUGGGGGCUCCCUCCUUGGAUUCUUCACUGCCUGCUUUUUGGUCAUUUACCCGUCUCACCACAACGGGGAGGGGGAGUCAGCCAAAGCUUCGGAGAAACGGGCCUUGACGAAGCUGGAAAAACCCAACAGCAAUGAAGCGGCUGUAACCGUGGUGAUAGAGAAACCCAGCUUCCUGAAACUCAACAAGGAGGGCAAAGCCACCACCACCACCACUUCCUCCCACACGGAGAAUGAGUCUGCGCUGUGAUCGGCGUGUUGCUGCAGGCACGACUAACUUCACUUUUAUCAUCAAUGCUGUUGGAAGAGACUUAAGGAUGUGCCAGGGUCCUCAUCGUGCUGGAGCUUGCAGACAUAAAGAAGAGAGAGGAGGGCAGCCGGUGCACUCUCUGUGUCUGCUUUUGCUUUUUCUGAUUCAGUAUAUCUUGAUUUGCUGCAGGAAACAACUUAAUCUGACGUGGGACCAGUGUCAUACCAGACCGACUUACCCUACAAAAUAAUCAUUCUGGUCCCAGCGCUGUUUCAGCCAUCACCGAAAUUCCUUCCACUUAACCCUCAUGGACAUUUGACUGAUCCGUCAGGGUCGUCCAGAAGUGAGUAAUUCACAGGUCAUGGUUUUAAGGAGAGGUCGCCUCUGUCUCUCAGGGCCUCUAGGAGGUGCUACUGAGAAGCCGCCUGGACAGGAAACUUCAGGGGAUUCACAUUCAUACAUGAAAAACCUUACCCGCACACGCACACACCUCUGAAUCUGAAUCGAAUGAACACAUGAAUAACGAACUCUGUUGAACAUUAGUCCUCGAAGCUGCAAUCAAUGACAAAAUAAAACAAAAAUGCUGAAAAUCGUUCUUCCUCGCUGUGGAAUCAGCUCGAUUGAGUCUUUGCUCCGUGAUGUGGACGCUGAUCAACGAGAGAGAGAGUGUGUGUGUGUGUGUGUGUGUGUCUGCUGACUUGGCGUCUCCAGAGGAGCCACAGUGUUCACCAAAAUAAACCUAACACACUCAGCUUUGCGGGACUUUUCCAGCGCUAUGCGACAGUAGCUUUAAGACUCUAAAGACUUUUGGAAGUGGCAUUUCUGAAACUAAGAGCCUGAAGCCUGGUUCCUGGGGGAAAUGAUUGAUCUUGAGCACCUGAAUUGAUUGGGAGUGUUUUGUUUUUGCCUUUCGUCACAUGGCAGAAGUGCAAAAAUCUUUGUCAAAGAUGACAAUAUUUAAGAGGCUCUGCUCUGAAGUAUCGAGCAUGAGUGUGAAGAUGCCUGUGUAUAGAGAGAGUUAAAAACAGUGAAACAGUAGAGAUGUUUAUUGACAGAAAUUCCAGGAAAGAAAGAGCAACAAUGCAAUAUGUGCAGCAUACAGGGCAUUACAAUCCAAAAUACAAUUUUCAUGAUUUAUUGAGGACCCAGAGAAAAUGAUGAUGUUGAUGAUGAUGCUUCUGUUUGUUUCGAAUAAUCAGACUAACCUGCAUGCUGCAUGUUAGAGGAGCGGAGAAGAGAUAAACCAAACAGCAGAGAAGAGAGACGUGGAUUUGUUCUUUCUCUCUCCUUUUUUUUUUUUUUUUCUGUUUAUUUAAAAAAAAAAAAAAAAUGCUGUUAACACCCUGUUUGUCAUUAACUGCACAUUAGCUGAGCCACUGGUGAAAAAAGUGAUGCAGCGUUCAGUUAGAAAAGCAUUGUUUGAAAUCCUCUCUGACACUUUCAGGGUGUUGGAUUUGUUUGUCUUAUGUUACCAGCAGGACGGAGCUUCCUGACACUCUUUUGUUCCAGUGGAUCCAGUGACUGUACCAGUAAUGACCAGUGUCUGGAGUGGGACACGGGCAUAUUAGAGCGGAUCCUGGUAAAUCUGAGAGAAAAGAAUUUAGGAAACAUCAGGUUUCUGGGGCCCAUGUGAUGUAAGAGAGAAAAACAAAAUAAAUCCCUCUAAUGGGCCAAAUAUAUAAUCAGAUAUAUAAUCAGUAGAGAGAAGCAGAAAAUAACAUUUUAGCUGCUAAUUACUUGUGUGUGUGUGUGGCAUGAACUGAUAUUCAACAGAGGAGAGAAGGAUUAGAGGCGGACUGGAGAAAUGUUUGCAUUUAAAAAAAAAAAAAAAAAGUUCGACAUCUUAUGACGUGCUUAUUGUUGUUGAGAGUUAGAUGAGAGGAUACGUACCACUCUCAUGUCUGCACGGUAAAUAUGAAGCUACACUGAGCAGCUGGUUAAUUUAGCUUACUCUGACCAAUGGUAACAAAGUCUGCCUACAAACCUAUUAUGUUUUUUGUGCAGAUUAAAUGAAAUAUAAUUACGUGUUAAUUAAAGGGUUGUACAGGUGCUGGUAGGUGGAUUUUGUUACCUUUGGACAGAGCCAGGCUCACUGUUAUUCCCUGCUCUCGGUCUUUAUGCUAAGCUAAGCUAGUCAGCUGCUGGUUUUACCUGCAUAUUUAUUGUAGUCAUGAGACAUGAGAGCGAUAUCAAUCUUCUCAUCUAACUGUGCUCAAGAAAAAAAAAUGAGUGUAUUUCCCAAAAUCCUAAACUUCUGCUUUAAAUGUUUGAACUUAAGCAAGAUUUGAAUUUUCACUAAUUUUGAAAUGUAUGUCUUAACUUUUCACACCAAGAAUAAUUUACCAAAUUUUCCCUUAAUGAGAAAUCAUUAUUUACUCCUAACAGCUUUAGUUAGCUCCAAUUAAGAUGGUUCAGAUCCGUUUUGCAGCCCUAACUCCAAUUUAACAAAACAGCAAUGGGGCUUUUGCAAGAUGGCUGCAUCAGCUGUUUAAUGAGGGCGUAGUGGUGGAUGAGGAAGUAAAACUGCCGAGCGUAGCUUUACGCCGACCAGAGGGGAUAAAUGCAAGUUAUGUAAAACUAAUCUCUUAAUAGUACUUAUUGAUAUUGAACGUAGACCGAUGAGGUUAAAUAAUCGUAAUCUUUGGAAUGUUUCCUUAGCCGAGGAUGCUGGACGUGUAAAAACAAACUUGAAGUUAGAAGGGCAAAGUUGAAGAUUUUAUUGUUGUUUGUUUUCUGACAAAUCAGAUCGUUUGUUGCAAUAACGGCCUCUGUUAAUCAGCUGGGUUGGAGGACUGUGAGAGGUUUGCGCGGGCAGAGCAGGGUUGUUUGUUCCAGGUGUUUAUCCUGCCGUCUGUCAGGGUGAAAGGCCGUGGAUUUGGGUCAGUUUUCCUUUCAGCUCAAUCAGCUGAAACAUGCAAAUUGAAAGGAAUCGAAAUGGAAAAUUGCAGUGGGUUCAUUUAAGAAUAAAAGAGCGUAUUAAAGAAUUUAGUGCAGCAGCUUAUCUUAAUUUUUGGGGUUUUUAGAGGAGAAUUUACUCACUGAUGUUGUGGUUGUUGUUUUUUUCCACUUGGGUGGGUGUUGUUGCAGAGUUUAACCCUGUGUUUAACAAAUUUGAUUCCUUCCAUAAUUUCAGGUACAUUCAGUCAGUCCCAGAGCAGAGCAGAGAGGAGGAGUAUUUUGCUUCCUGGGUUGACCCUGCUCUGGUUGUGGUGCUGGGACGAAAAAAACAUAAAAGCAGGGAUGGGACGAUGACAAAAGACGAGGAGGUACAGGUGCCAGAGUUUUGCACGGCUUCUGUAACCACUAGGGCAAUAAAAUAUUCUGGAUAAAAAAUGGACACACAACUUCAGUUUAAGGACAAACAUGAAGAUUUAAAAAACAAACUUUGGGUUUGGGAGGUUUGCAUGCGAUACUGCAUGUGUGGAACACCAAAGUAAGACUCUGUACAAAUCACUCCAAGCUCUUUUCUUUAUUGUCCUAAUAGGUCAGGGAUGUAUUUUCUAAUGCAUGGCUGGAUGUUUGUGUCUUUUUAUUUGAACUUAAAUGUGUUUAAAGAAAAAACAAAAAAAACCUACAUGUACUCUUUAAGCUGAAGCAUUGUGCUCGGUCUGGGUCAGUACACUCUUAACAAGCAUGUGACUUCUUACAUUUUUGCACAUAAAUGAGUAAAGUGUCAGACAGCGCUCAUCUUGUCGCUUUUCAGCACAACACACACGUGGACGGAAGGUGUUGAAAUGUGUAAAAAGACGAGAUGUGUGUCGUCUCAGGCAACACUACUUGUUAAAAGUGUAGGUGUAAAACUCCAAGCCGUGAAUACUUGAAGUGCAACAUGAGUGUUUUUGUUCCAAUGCAGUGGAAAGUCUUUGAUUUUUAAAAAUUUGUUUUAGGGAGGAGAGGUUGUUGUUUUUAAUGUCCCAAGCCUUUUUACCGUUGACUCUGGAAUGUGCAGACAGCUCGGCCGCUCGCUUGGCCUGCUGGGAGAUUGAGUUCUUUUCUUUGAUUCCAUCUGGUGACUUAAAUGUUUGAAAAAAAAAAAAGUAAAUGAAUGUGAGUUGAUUUCAGCCGAAAUCGUUUUUGUUUUGAUCGACAAAGCCAGGGAGGGGGGGGGUCUGACAUUGCACAGAACUUGCACAUAAUAAGUUAAAAAGAAAAUACAAAAACAGUACAAUUGUGUUACAGAAGAAAGAAAAAAAAUAACUGUGGAUAUUUAUUUUUUGAGUUUUCUUAUCUAUAAACGACACUUUUCACCUAGUUUCCAAAAGAGUAAAUUAAAGUUAUUCUAUUUGCUCUAUUUGCGGGAGAUGUUACAGAAACGGACUGGAUUCUGUGUGUUUGUUUGUUUGUGUGUGUGUGUGUGUGUGUGUGAGCAGUCGUCUCACAGCUGUUCACAUUUAAAGCAAAAGGCAAGAGUGUGUUAAAAAAUGUCAUCUCAGUGUUUGUAUUUUGGUUCUUGUUCUCUGUUCUUUGCAAUCACUUGGUUUACACUUAACUCUGGAGUCGAUGGCUGUAAUACCGGAGGUUAUUUACGAGUCUUUUUGUCUCUGUUCUGGUGUUUUAACUCAACUAGAAAAUGUCUUUUUUUUUUUUUUGUAUCUGUUCUUUGACUUUAAGGCAGGGUCACACACAAUAGUUUGGGCUUUUGCACUUUUUCAGUGGCAGCCAUGUUGGCUCCACCGUCCUGAUCACUGAAUGAAUGUGUCGACGUGGUGAUGCUGUGUCAUACUUCCAGCCAGCAGCUGUCUGUGGCAGCAGCGUGGCGGCCAUGCAGUUAGUCCAACCUGUCCAAACUGUGUGUGUGUGUGUGUGGCUCUGCCUCUAGUAAACUGUGUGUGAAUGAUGGAGGAGAGAGAUGCCUAUAUACUUUGAUCUUCACAGAGAUUAAAUCAAGAAAAAUGCUUAAAGAAUGGGAAAGCAAGUAUGUGCAGUGUACUAUAUAUGAUAUGCCUUGUUAUUUGAAAAAAAAGUGUAAAUAUACAUAUUUCUCUUUUAGUUUCUUCUUUUUUGCUGCUAUAAAAAAGAUGAUUAUUUUUGUUAGUAGUUUUGUUUUCUAUAUAAAGACUGUAUAUAUCUCUGUGUUCUGUAAAUAUGCUUGAGCCUUCAUAUGUAGGACUCUGGAUGAACACUGUAUGGAACGCACCUUUAAAAUCUGUUCAGAACUAAA